AUGUCAUCGACACGCGCUGUUCUGGCUCUCUUCUAUAUGCUGCUAUUCAGCAUUGCCAUUGUUACAUCAGUGCCAAAUCGUAUUUUCAUGCGCUUUGGAAAGCGUAACGUCGAUCUAGCAGAAUUCCGUAACCCUCUACCUGCUGAAUACUUUCCAGUUGAACUAAUUGGGUAA